AUGCCGUUCGGUGAGGUGACGAUCACCCUAGAGGACGUUGCGACACUCACCGGAUUAGCGAUCGACGGUGAUGCAGUCAUAGUAGACAUACCAGACGAGGACUGGUCGGCUAUGUGUCUUCGACUGUUAGGACAAGCUCCUACUGAUCUUGGUGGCGGCGUCACCGGAUUACUUGGCUCAGGGAGACUUUCGAUGAGCUACCGCUUUCUGCAUCACCAGAGACGACAGAGCAGUUUGCAAGAGCAGGAUUGGCGCAGAGCGGGGAGGUUUGCUUGGGGAGCAGCUAUGCUAUCCUACUUGUACCGUGAGAUGGGUAGAUCGGCGCUGCAGAUGACGGCAUCUUCUUCACUGGGUGGUGACUUUGGUGGAUGGUCCGCCUUGCUGAUGAUCUGGACGUGGGAGCGGUUUCCUCAUACAUCACCACUACAUGCGGUGACGGGUGCGCAGAUUACUCAGGACGCAGUGCCACGUGGCCUUCGGUGGCUUCCGGCCCACACCCGUCAGCAUGGAGAUCAGUUCUACUUGUACAAGCUGUGGUUUGACGAGUGCACGACAUUCGUGAGGUCAGGACUACAACGGUACUGUGAUCCAGUCCCACACGUUUCGAGCAGUAUUUCCGCUGAUCUGCUUCUCAUCGCAGAUGUGGCAUCAUCCAGAUCGCGUGCUAGGACAGUUUGGGAUGGUUCAGGACCGACCUCAUUCUCCACAUUCCGCGGCUGA